AAAAGCCAAGUCUUCCAAGCCUCUCUCAUAAAUCACACAUCUUUGAAGACAUGAGAGCCAGGAGUAUGACAGCUGCAAGCAAGAAGCACGAGCUAUCUCCCACAAUAAAUCACCUUUCAUCCGAUUUCGACAAUAAUAUAGCCGUAGAGCAGAGCGGUUACAAGAAGCACCUGCAGGGAGUGUAGAAGCGCAGGCUGUUGGGGAAGAUCGAGAAUAUAUAUAUAUUUUUUCAUAUCGGAAAAUGGGAUUUGCUGCCAACACCAUAGGAAAGUACAAACUUGGUCGGACAAUCGGAGAAGGAACUUUCGCCAAGGUUAAGCUUGGCGUGGACAGCACCUCCGGCAACUAUGUCGCCGUCAAGAUCAUUGACAAGCACAUGGUGAUGGAAUGCAAUCUUAAGUCUCAGGUGCAGAGAGAAAUUAGAACAAUGAAGCUUCUGCAUCACCCCAACAUCGUACGAAUAUAUGAGGUUCUUGGCACAAAGACAAAAAUUCACAUUGUAAUGGAGUAUGUGUCGGGAGGACAAGUCACAGACAAGAUGUCUUAUGUCCAGAAGUUAGAGGAAUGGGAGGCAAGAAAGCUUUUCCAGCAAUUGAUUGAUGCGGUGGACUAUUGCCAUAACAAAGGGGUAUAUCACAGAGAUCUAAAGCCAGAGAACUUGCUUCUGGAUCAAAAGGGGAAUCUGAAAGUAUCUGAUUUUGGACUAAGUGCAUUGCGGAAGCCUGGCGACACGCUUACCACAGCAUGUGGCUCCCCGAGCUAUGUAGCACCCGAGCUGCUUAUGAAUAAGGGUUACGACGGAGCGCCUGCCGAUGUUUGGUCUUGUGGGGUAAUCCUAUUUGAAGUGCUUGCUGGAUAUCUACCAUUUGAUGACAGUAACCUGAUGAACUUAUAUAAGAAGAUAUCCAGAGCAGAAUACACUUAUCCACCAUGGUUUACUGAAGGCCAAAAGAAACUGCUCUCCAGAAUAUUUGAUCCCAAUCCUCAAACGCGUAUAACCAUACCGGAUAUCAUCGAAGAUGAAUGGUUUCAAAAGGAUUAUGUGCCUGCUUGUGGAUAUGAAUGCAAUGAAAAAAUCCACAUGGAUGAUGUUAAAGCCGCUUUUGAUUCAACUGAGGAGAUUGCCACAGAGACAAAGAUUCCCAAAUCGCCAAGUUUCAUAAAUGCUUUUCAGUUGAUAGCCAUGUCACAUGAUCUGGAUUUAUCAGGUCUCUUUGAAGAGCAGGAUGAAAAUAAGCAGAAAGCAAUGUUUGGAUCCAAGCAUACAAUUAACGAAACGAUAAAGAAAAUCGAAGCUGCGGCGACGGAUAUGAGUCUGUCAGUAGAAAAAAUGAAAAAUUACAAGAUAAAGAUGCAUCCAAAACAGAAGAUGACUAGAUAUUCUAGAUCAUACAUUGACAUCUCAGCAGAGGUGAUUGAGGUUGCUCCCACUAAUUGUGUAAUACAAAUAUCAAAAUCUGUAGGGGAGCUACAUGUGUACGAAGAGUUCUGCAAAAGUUUAUCAAGUCUGCUGACAGAAGAAUCAGAAGUGUCAUCACAAAGGGAAGAAACAGAGGAAGUCAGGGUUAAUAGCAAAAAAAUCCAAGAUAGUGGAUGCUCUAAAGACACAAAUUACAAAGACCGUAAAGAUCCCCCUGGCUAUUCAUCCUGUUAAUUAUGGUUAGCUCGUCUCUGGCUCCAACAUUCUUCAACCCAGGUUCCUUAUGGAUUCUCAAAGAAAGAUGUAAAGCACUUCAUAUACAACCAACACCUACAAAUAUAGGCUUGAUUUGUCAAGUGGGAAGCUAAUACUAUGACUUUUUGCAGAGCUGUUUGCUUGUUCCAAAUUGUUUGUUGUUUGUUUCCUUUCUUAUAUUAUUCAAAGAUGUGUACAUCAAUGUCAAAUCUUCAUGUAAGUUUUCAUUGCAUGGUAAAUAACAGAGAAUCAAAUUUUAAGGUGCAUAGUGUCAUGCACCAAA